AUGUCGGUUUGGUCAGCCAGUACAGUUGGAAAUAAUUACCAUUACGCGCAUCCAGGCAGCCGCGACAGUCACUCUAAUAACUGGUGUCCGAAUUUAAAUAAGCACAAGUGCGUGAUGUCUGGUGAAACACCAAUCCAAACUGACGAUGCUCUUCAUACACCGGCAUAUUUGUCUUGGAGGAAGCUGCAACUCAGCCGGGCGAAGCUCAAAGCCUCCAGUAAAACGUCCGCUCUGCUGUCAGGAUUCGCAAUGGUAGCAAUGGUUGAGGUGCAGUUAAAUCCGCCCAGCGACACGAGAGUGCCGCCCGCAAUGCUUGUCGCGUUCACCGUUUGCACCACCUUGCUCGUGGCGGUGCACAUGCUAGCGCUGAUGAUCAGCACGUGCAUUCUGCCGAACAUCGAGGCGAUAGGCAACCUCCACAGCAUAUCGCUGGUCCACGAGUCGCCGCACGAACGGCUGCACUGGUACAUAGAGGUCGCUUGGGCGUUCUCAACCCUACUGGGCCUAAUUCUGUUCCUCGUCGAGAUAGCCAUACUGUGCUGGGUGAAGUUCUACGAUCUGAGCGAGACCGCCGCCUGGUCCGCUUGCGUGGUGCUAAUCCCGGUCAUGAUAGUGUUCCUAGCGUUCGCAAUACACUUCUACAUGUCGCUUGCGACGCACAAGUACGAGGUGACCGUCACCGGCAUCAAGGAGCUGGAACUGCUCAAGGAACAGAUCGAGAUGGGCGACCACGACGGCCGAAUGAACAACAUGACGUUGCUCGACCAGAGUAGAGUUGUG